GCUGAAUUUACAGGCGACAGCUGGAGAGAUCUUGCAGUGCAACAGGUGUCCAAGGCCAACAGGAAAUAAACAGUUGAUCAAACAGGUGGUGAGGUGUCUUCUUCUCUGAUGAUGAAUGCGAGCGCAAGUCCUACCAAUGAGUACCUGCACCAUCAGUAAACGUAUUUGCCAAGAUGACGAAACCCCCUACCCCGCCACCAGCUACAACUCUUGCUGGGAGUGGGUGGCCUCUUUGCCCGGUGACCAAGACAAUGCCAACCUGAAUGUAGAUUGCAGUCCCAACAACGAACCCAUUUUGGCUGGUAGUGAUUUUAUCGUCAGGAAAAAGGGUAUCCUCGGACUCCACAAUGGUGGAGGUAAACACAAUGCAGCAGACAUUUAUCAGUUGGCCCAGGCCACGAGGAAAGCCAGGGACAGACCAUCGGUGGUUUCUGAAGGACCCAGGGAAAGGGUCAGCCAGGACAGAUCCUCAAUGCUCCGUUCGGCGUUUGCAGCUCAGCGUUUGGACAAGACCAAUUCGGAAGGAACUUUCUCUUUCGAUUCGUCCACGACGGAUGCGUUUGGUGUGUGCGAUGACGAGUACAGCCUUCCAUCAGCUGAAGAACUUCUCUUACAGAUGGGAUUUGGUGGGCCAUCCCAAGGACUAGACAGGGUACCCGAACGUUUCCUCCAAUCAUCUCAGAUGCGUGGUGUUGAUAUUGAACAGUUUUUCUUAACCCAACAAGAAUUAAACGACACGUUUGAAACGGGUUCACUCGGUUACAGGGGACUGGCCGGACCUCCGACACGACGGCCUUCCGGAAUUGUGGCCAGAUUGUACGAGCGGAUGCUGCGGAAGAGUUCCGGGCCGACGAUAUGCAGCAGUUUUGAAAAUCCUCCUGGACCUAGCCACCCGAUGGAGCCACUCACUUUGAAACUGCCCCAGCCGGAAGUGUUGAUCGAGUCGGAAGAGUCGGCCGUCACGCCCACCAAUAACAAUCAGGGCGCUUACAAUUUCAACACUCAAUCGGGGACGAUGAUGCCGCCCAGCGGAUCGCACAAUUCCAGUCUGGCCAGCUCGAGAAGGUCCAGUUUGCGUCGACAGGAGUGUGUCGACGAGGAAACGUUGGCAUCCGCCGAGCCGGCCGAAGAAAUUCUCUGCCAGCAAUCGGAGCAAAGUAGCGGAUUUGUUAGUGGUCGAAUGCUGGCCAACGCUUCGCAAGUCUUGCCCACUGUCUACGUGACUCCUCCCCCUUCUACAAUUUUCUCACAGGCCAGUCUGGACAUGCCGGAAUCGGUCACUACUCACGAGAUUGACCCCAUCAUCUCUGUGCUGCAAUUGGCUGCCGAGGCGUACCGGGUCCGGAUGGCCACCGCCCCACUUGCCCAGGAACUUCCUCACGAAGAAGAUCCUUGCGAUUGGAAUCACAAUCUGGAAGACGUCAAGGAAGAAUUGCGGGGCGAGCUGGAUAAAACGGACGAUUUACUGCAGAGACUCCAGCAGCGUCUGUCUCACGCCCGUUCCAUCCAUCAAACGUACGACUCGUCUGCUCUGCGUGGAGUCCUGACGGACAUGACGACUUUGCUCCAGCAGCAACAGCGUCUCUACCGUCGAGUCAACGAAAUGAGAAACGACUCGCUGGAAACUGUCCAGCACUUUCACGUCAAUCACCACGAAUCCGUCAUCGAUCCAGCGAAAACAACAACGACAUCCCUUCCGGCGGAAGAGUCUUCUAGUCUGCUCAAAACGAGCGCCAACGUCUCUUCCUCCUCCCCAUCCAGCGACGACGAUGAAGAAGAAAUAAUUUUUCCUUCCGGAAUCCAUUCCCGUCUGUGGAUGAAAUCGUUUGAGCGCCGACUGACUACCCACAUUCGUAAAACGAUCCGGCAAGAAUUGCGUCGAGUCCGACCAUCAGCUACUAGAAUAACGGCACGCUCAAAGUUAAAAAAAUAAUUAUAACCCAUCAAAUUAUCAAAUUUUGCACAAUUUUUUCUAUAAUCAUGUUAGGAAUUCUUUUUCAAUUAUUUAAAAAAUAUAAUUAUGGUUCGCGUUUUUUCCUGCUUCCACAAAAUAAGCUUUUUGUUAUUUUGUUUUUGAAUAAUUUUUCAAAAAAUGUUUUAAAUUCAACGUGGGUUUCUUUUUUCUCAAACAUUUUGGUAAUUAGGGGAAAUUUCAAACCGAAAAGAAGACGAAAAAGAUGGAAAGGUAACAAAAACAUGCCGGUAUAAAGGGGUGGGACUAUUAACACACACACAAUUUUCUUUGUUUUGGCCCGUAGAGUAUUUGGGUGAUUGAAGUUAUAAUCGUGGAAUUGUUUCUCAAGUGUGAUGGCACAAAUAGGACUAGGUAAAGUAAA